GCAAAGACCAGAUGACCAUCGGCGAAAAUGGAACAGAGAGGAAUACGAGCGGUUGGCGCUCCAACGUCUCCAGGAGGAGAUCGCCGAGGAAGAACUGGGUAUUCCAAAGCAACCUGCGGUGAAGAGAGAACUGCUGAAACAGCGAGAUUAUAAAGUUGAUUUGGAGUCGAAACUUGGGAAGAGUGUAGUCAUUAAUAAAAAUACACCUUCUUCGCAAACUGGAGGAUAUUAUUGCAAUGUUUGUGAUUGUGUUGUAAAAGAUUCAAUAAAUUUCUUGGAUCACAUAAAUGGCACUAAACAUCAAAGAAAUUUGGGAAUGUCGAUGAAAGUCGAAAGAUCGACAUUAGAACAAGUAAAAGCUCGUUUCAAUGCAAAUAAAAAAAAAAUGGAAGAAAAGAAGAAAGAUUAUGACCUGGAGCAACGAGUUAAGGAAUUAAAAGAAGAGGAAGAAAAAAUAAAAGAGUAUAGAAAGGAGAAGAGAAAAGACAAGAAACGGAAAAUUGAAGAAGCCAAUGAAGAAGAAGGUAGCGGUGGCGAUGAAAUGGCAGCAAUUAUGGGAUUUUCAGGCUUUGGAUCGAAGAAAAAAAAAUAA